AUGCCUCUAGUUCUCGACUUCCUCACUCAAAUCCGCAAUUUUAUCCGCUCUCAAAAUGGCGAAGAGCUCCGCGCCUGGCUCCAGGUAGAGCCCAGCUCACCACAACAAUACCACAACCUCGCGGCUGAGCUGCGCUCUCAAUUCCGCCAACAGGGCCUCGACAACAUCGUUGAAAAGUCCCUUCCUCAAGAGGACGAUGUGCCUGAAGGUCAAGGUACCGUUUGGCCUGGCUUCGUGGCCUUUAUGAAGGACUAUUUUGCGUUCUGGCGAGAUGUCGAUUAUGAUGAUUUGCUGGGCGCGCAUCAACUGCUGAGUGGCCUGGUCAACUCAUGUGCAACUGCCUUUGCCCAUCCAACCUAUGGCGCUAUGCUGCUUAAAACGAGCAUGUCUUUGUCAGAAACCCUUGCUCGUCUCACAAUGACUCUCAACAGACGGCCUGACUUGGCGCGUCGUCUACGUGCUGUGGACGAAGACAAGACCAUUGCUGAGUCUUCAGCAGAAAUUAUUCAGAAGAUCUUCACAACAUGUCUCACUGACCGAUCUAGCGGGCGCUAUGCCAAACCCGAGGGCAAGAAGGUUGGCGUCUAUAUGUUUGCCAAUCUCGUCCUCAAGCUCCUCUUCGCUUGUCGAAGAACACAUCUUGCAAAGAUGAUCUUUGUAAACAUAUCCACCAUCUCUCCGCCAUUAUCUCUCUACCCAGCUGCUCAACGCGUGACAUUUCUCUACUACCUAGGUCGUUUCAACUUCUCAAACAACCACUACCUUCGCGCUGCGCUUUGUCUUGAACAAGCGUAUCUUCAAACUCCUUCGCAGCUGGUUUCCCACCGGACCAACAUCCUCACCUACCUCAUCCCUUGCAAUAUCCUCCUUGGGCGCUUCCCAUCACAGACCUUACUCCAGCGUCAAGAGUGCCAGACUCUGGCGCCUGUUUUCCUUCCCAUCUGCCAAGCUAUCAGAUCAGGAAAUUUCAUCCAGUUUCAACACCACUUAGCGCAGCAUGAGACGUGGCUCUUCGAAAAGGGCUUACUUUUGACCCUCAGCAAUCGUCUACGGCCGCUUCUCUGGCGCUCAUUGAGCAGAAAGACUUUCAUUCUUACAUACGUCCCUCCUACCGACGCCUCAUCACGCAAAGCCGCUACUCUCGACCUUACAAAUUUGCACACAGUCGCUAUAUACCUCCAACGUCGCCUGGAGGGUUGGCUACCAGCAGGCCCUGAUUCUAUUGGCCGGCCUCAAAGCGUAAACCCUCUUCUGAUGAAAGCCCACGAGAACAAUGCACAUAAUUCCGAAACAGCCUCGACUCUGGCUCCGCCGCCUGGUGGCCCCAAAUCCCUUCGACCUAACGAGGGCAUGAUCUGGGGUAACGCCGCGGUUACGCCAGAGGAUGUGGAGAUGUCAGUCGCAACGCUUGUUCAGCAAGAUCUGAUGCACGGUUUCAUCGCUCACGGACAAGGACGUUUUGCUAUUAUCGGUGCCAAGGCCAAGGGCAGCCCUGUGCUUGCUGGUUGGCCCAACGUGUGGCACACGAUUCGCGACCGGGCAGCAGAUGAUUAUGAUCCAGACGAGGUACCUGGAUGGGUCAAGUAG